AUGAAGCCCGUCCCCAUUGCCGAAUCCAUGCAGAAGCUAAGAGGCGUCAUGCAGAAUUACCUGGAAUAUAAAGCCAAAAUGGCAGCUGCUCAACCUGUCACCCACAGCAUGGAAGAGGCCGAGCCACAGUUCAUCUCCCGCAAGGUCAAUGACGAAGUGGACACUGUCGCAAUAUCACCAUUGCAUCCUGAGUACAUGGUCAUCGGCACCUACCACCUCCUCUCCGUGGGCGAACCACGCGAGUACGAUGCUCAGAUGCGCCGUGGGACGAUCCAAGUCAUGCUGGUGUCGCCGAAAUGGGCCCCUCGAUACUCCGGCAUGUUGCCGCCAACUCUUGACAAGCUCGUUUUCAAAUGUGCAAUUCUCGAUAUCCGCUUCCAUCCAACCGAUCCCUCAAUCUUCGCGGCUGCAACCAGCACUGGUUACAUGCACUUCUUUCGCUUUGUCAAACAAGGCGAUGUCCUCGGCCGACGGGUGGUCACCAAAUUACUUCCUCUGGGAGUUGUCAAGGUGGCAGAUCCAGACGAGCACGGAUUGGAGCCAUCAAUCACACAAUUCAACUGGAUCCCAGACAUCAGCAACCACGGCAUCCAAGGCAUUGACGAUUUUCACCGACUUAGCUUGGUCUAUUGUACAUCCUUCGGAGACACUAGUGUUGUCACCGCUGAUGUUCCGGCCAUCCACGACAUCUUCGACCACCGCCUAGCCAAACCCGUUGCUAAUCUCGAGCCUACAAAUUACCACGUGCACAAGCACAAGCGCAACCUCGAAGCCUGGACUGUCGCCUCUGCUGUUCUUCGCACCACCCGUGAGAGCACCUAUCGCAUCAUCUUCAGUGGUGGCGACGACGAAGCACUGAUCGCGACGUCAAUCGACCUGGGAAACACAACAUCGCCAUCUUACAUCUUUGACGAAUUCCCCACCAUGAAGGUGGACUCCUGGAGAGACAGUCGCAGCCACGAAUCCGGCGUCGUUGCAGUCCUCCCGCUUGCCAAAAUGCACCAGCCCCUCGACGAUGGCAAUCACGGCAUCAAAUUGAUCAUGCCUUUCCUGACAGGCAGCUACGACGAACAGCUCCGCAUCUUCGAGAUGGACGUGUUGACGAAACGAGCCGUGCUAGUCAAGACGUCCCCAAAAUUCGCGGGCGCCGUGUGGAGACUCAAGAUCAUGGACGAAUACAAUACACUGACGACCGAAGAUGGCGAGAUCAAACUCCUGGAGAACGAAGAGGAACACACCAACCUGCGCACCAAGCACUUCGGCGGCAAGCUCGAACACCACAUCCUCCUCCUCGUCUCGCUGUCCCACGCAGGCGCCAUGAUCCUACGUGUGACCGCCGUGCGCGGCACCGUCGCCUCCGAGUGCAAGUGGAGCAUGACCGAGCUCGUGAGAUUCCGCGGCGACCACGAGAGCAUGGUGUACUGCUGCGACGCGCGCCUCGAGCCUCCGCCAUCCCUGUACCCCAAGUUCAGCUACAAGGCCGUUCGGAAGACCAGUCGCCCCCACAAAGACGAGCCUGCCCUGGGUCCCACAUACACCAUCGUCAGUGCCAGUUUCUACGACUGCAAAAUCUGCACCUGGACCUUCGUCGAUCGUCUCAAGGGCUGUGCACAGUUGAAGCCCAUCGAGCGUGGGGAGAAGUCAGAUCGCGCCGCGAAGCCGGGAUUCAAUCGCAUUCCAUAUUAG